AUGGAUUCCGCCCAACCUACCAAAUUGGACUUUUUGGCUGUGCCGGCCACCCCGUUUAGUAUUGGGGUUUUGGCCUCGGUACUGGUGUUGGUGGCUGUUUUGAUCGGACCAAAAGUGGUGAUUGAUACGAUUCUUAAUGGCUACUUGUCUCUCGUUCAUCGGAUUCCAGCCGCAAAUGGAAAGAAGUACAUGUCGGGUCCGGCGUACACAUUCCCCAAUGGGCAGAUGGUAGACAAAUUCCUGGCUGCGCGGAAGAGAAGCUGGGAGUGGGAGGAGAAAUAUGGCAAGACGUAUCGCAUUUGGGCUGCUAGUAUCCCCGAGGUUGUGAUAACCGACCCCAAAGACGUCGAGGCGCUAUACCAGCAGUCGACCGACCAUAACAAGGCGCCCCAGGCGAAUGCCGGCUGGCUUCUGACGCAGCUGCUUGGGUCCGGCCUGGGGCUGAUUAACGGGACUCGCUGGACGACUUUACGAAAGACUUUGGACCCGAUGUUCUCGCACCGGACUGCCUUGCGGUAUUUCCGUGAUAGCCUGGACGCUGGUGCUCAGGACUAUGUUGCGGGGAUACAUCGGUUUGCAAAAGCGGAUGGGCAGAUGCAGAACGCAGACGGCAAGGGGAUGGUCAUCAACGCCACGCAGGCACUGCAACGUUAUCCCUUUUUCGAGGUCGCGUCCAUGUUCUAUGGGAAGAUGAGUGAGGGAGAGCAGGAGCGCCUGUGGGAUCUUGGACGCCGGUACUCGGAGGUUUUCGCGGCGGUUGUGUCUGGAGGCAUUCAUCGCUCUAAGCUGACUAGGUAUCUCAAUACCAAGGCUUGGAACAAUGCGAGAGACUACCAGAAAGCGUGGCUGGAUUUCAAUAGGGAGAUAUACGCAGCGAGGAAGAUCACAGCCCCUGAUACGCCAAUUGUGGUUCUCACAGAGGCAGCUGAAAGGGGCGAACUGACGCCAAAGGAGGUGACUGACACGAUUGCGGAAUCCACUUUCGCUAACCUGGAUAUCGUCACUCAUGUUAUCUCGUCAUGCAUUAUUCUUCUAGCCGAUUCCCCCGAGGUCCAAAAUGACCUUGUUCAGGAGAUGGAGAAAAAUAAGGCAGAUCGAGAAGAUUAUAUCACUCGAAAGGACACUCUUCUCCAUUACUGCUUGUUGGAAUCGCUUCGCCUUCGCCCUGUUCUAACAUUCACCUUCCCUGAGAAUCCACCAAGGGAGAAGAUCCUGGGAAACUUUGUGAUCCCUAAAGAUACGACCGUUAUUGUGGAUGCUUUCGCCAUUAACAUACGCAAUCCUUUUUGGGGCCCUGACAACCGUGCAUAUCGGCCCAGCCGGUUUGCGGGUAUCAAACAAAGUCAGCUCCGGUAUAAUCUCGCCACUUUUGGCUACGGGCCGAGAAAGUGUCUCGGACAGCAUAUUGCCGAUAAGAUCAUCAAGGCUGUGGUCUAUCACAUGUUCAGCAAGUAUAGAGUUUCCCUUCAACCGAUGCAAGCUGUCGAAGGAGACUUCAAGGUUGACAAAACCAGCUGGGUCUCAUUGUAUGAUGUUGAUUUGAAACUGGAGCCAAGGGAAUCCUGA